AUGGUUGAUCGCCUGGUGAGCUGCGGAAUCUUCCUCCGAGCGUCGCUUUACCAGAAGAGGGGCAUCGAAAUACGAGAACAGCUGAGCCAGCCCGGUUAUGACCUCGAGUUCAGCUUCGCCGAGAAAGCCGUCAUGAAAGAAAGACUGGCUGACAUUCUGUUGCGAAGCGAGACGGAGGAGGAGACGGUUGAAGCGAAGACCAUCCUGCAAAGGCUACUGGAAGAAGAAGUCAAGCAACCGGAUGAGUUCAAGAAUGUCGAGCGCCGCAGCCGCCUGUAUCAUAACCUCGGAUGCCUCUAUAUCAAUCUUGGGAACCUGAAGCAGGCGAAGACGUUCCUCAGCCGAGCUCUUGAAGGCCGAAAGAACCAGAAACCUAUGCCAGUCCAAUCGGUACAAGAAACGGCCGACCUAUACAUCAAAGCACUGAAACUCGACGGGGCCUUUGAUGAAGCAGGCGGAGUGGAAGUUUGGCUCAACAAUGUAAUUAUACCCUUGGCGAGCCGACCGGCAUCGCCACCAGAUUCAGAUCUCAUAGGAGGCCUCAGAAGACCGUCGUCCAUGGGGGAGCUGUCUCAAGCCUUUGCCUGGUGCCGAGAGAACGGUUUCGACAUCGACAUGCCCGGCGGUUUCCGAUUCGAUACUUGUGAUUUCAUGACGCGGACAUCGCCACUGCAUAAAGCGAUCCAGGACGAGAAUGUCGAUGUCCUAAAACAGAUGGUGGGGCAUGUUGUCAGCCUUGAGACUGGAGGAGAUCUUGGUGUCCCGACGCCGUUGCUACUCGCAGCGUCAACCAAGAACCGUGAUAUCGUCGGUUUGUUAUUGCGUAGGGGUGCUCGUGUCAAUGUCCGCGAUAGCGCAGGGCUCAGCCCGCUCCACAGGUGUCAAAGCAAGAGCGGCGGCGUCAAUGUAGCCAAGCUCCUGCUUGACGACACCCCUACUUUGUUGGACGCCGUCGACAACUCGGGCAAAACAGCGCUGUUCAUGGCUUGCGAGAUGGGGAACGAGAAGAUGGUUCACUUCCUCCUGGAACAAGGAGCCAACCCCAACAUCUGCCAAAAAACUAGAAGAGGGCCCACGUUGUCUCCCUACUUGGGUGGCACAAACGAGGUCGAGUGA